AUUUCUUUCCUUAUUCUCUCAAAACAAACAAACCCCAAACACAACAGUAACAAUAACAAGAACAUUAGAAACACGAACCAAUCCAUCAUUCACACUAUAAUCCAUGGCCACUUCAUUUCUUCUCUCUAACCCAAUCCCUCACACUCCCACCUUCAUAUUCCCUUCCUUCAAGGCCCCACCUUACCCCAUCUCUCCGCCUCUUCUCCGCACCACUUACCGGAAACCAAGACGCGCUACGGUGGUCACACGCGCCGGCGCAAGCGCCAGUAGCUACGCUUUCGCGAUUGCGCUUCCUCUUUCUCUCCUCGCUGUUACCAUCUUCACUGCCCUCCGAAUUGGCGAGAAGCUCGACCAAGAUUACUACGAAGAGAUGGCAAUAAAUGAAGCUAUCAUGGAAAUUGACGAAGAGGAAGAAGAGGACUAUGAUGAUGACGCAGAAACUUAUUUACAAGAAGAACCUGUCCUUCCACGUGGCCGCAACAGACCUAAAAGGGAAGCUUGAAUGUGAGGUGGUCGCAAAUGAGUAUGGAGGGAUAAGGGCUCAGUCCAUGUUAAUUUGGUUAUCUUGCAAUCAUUCUCGCGGCUUAAGAAACAAUCAUGUAGUAUGAAUCUAAUAUGUAAGUUCAUAAAGGGUUUAUAAUGUAAGCAAUAGUUUAUUUCACAAA